AUUUGUACAUAUUGUUUUAAUUAAACGGCUGAUGUAAAAAAAAAAAAAAAGAUCGCGUCAUUUUAUUUUAUUGUUUAGUUGUUGAAGCAUCAGCCUACUUACCUGUUUUUCUUAGGAAUUGUAAAAUAAAAGUUCGAUAAAAGUUGUCGAAAGGUUCGUUGCUCGUUUUCACGUAGAUACUGUAGAGACCGAAGUUUGAAACAUAUAAUUGUGCUGAACAAGUGGAAUUUUAAAGUCGUAGAAAGAUUUAAUAAUGAGAGAAAUUUGUCAUAUCCAAGCAGGCCAGUGUGGCAACCAAGUUGGAGCUAAGUUUUGGGAGGUUAUUUCGGAUGAACACGGCAUUGACCCGACUGGAACAUAUCACGGAGACAGCGAUUUGCAGUUGGAGAGGAUCAACGUCUAUUACAAUGAGGCGACAGGUGGAAAGUACGUGCCGCGUGCCAUUCUCGUGGAUCUCGAACCGGGCACCAUGGACUCCGCGAGAUCCGGCCCUUUCGGCCAGAUUUUCCGUCCGGACAAUUUCGUUUUCGGACAGGCCGGAGCUGGGAACAACUGGGCGAAAGGCCACUACACCGAAGGGGCCGAGCUCGUCGACUCCGUCCUGGACGUAGUACGGAAAGAGGCGGAGAGUUGCGACUGCUUGCAAGGCUUUCAACUCACGCAUUCAUUGGGCGGAGGCACUGGCUCGGGCAUGGGGACCUUGAUCAUAUCCAAAAUAAGGGAAGAGUAUCCCGACAGAAUCAUGAAUACUUUUAGCAUCGUGCCGUCGCCGAAGGUUUCGGACACGGUAGUAGAGCCGUACAACGCUACGCUCUCAGUUCACCAGUUGGUGGAAAACACCGACGAAACGUUCUGCAUCGACAACGAAGCGUUGUACGAUAUUUGCUUCAGAACUCUAAAACUCACGACUCCGACUUACGGCGAUUUGAACCACUUGGUAUCCGCGACUAUGUCCGGAGUCACGACGUGCUUGAGAUUCCCAGGUCAGCUGAAUUCGGACCUGCGGAAAUUGGCCGUCAACAUGGUGCCUUUCCCCAGAUUGCACUUUUUCAUGCCGGGCUUCGCGCCUCUGACUUCCCGCGGCUCUCAACAGUAUCGAGCUCUGACAGUGCCCGAGCUGGUCCAGCAGAUGUUCGACGCCAAGAACAUGAUGGCUGCGUGCGACCCCAGGCACGGACGUUAUCUCACCGUGGCCGCAAUCUUCAGAGGGAGGAUGUCGAUGAAAGAGGUCGACGAGCAGAUGCUCAACGUACAGAACAAGAACUCGUCCUACUUCGUCGAAUGGAUCCCGAGCAACUGCAAGACGGCCGUGUGCGACAUACCACCCAGGGGGCUUAAGAUGGCAUCGACAUUCAUAGGAAACACAACGGCUAUACAAGAACUCUUCAAGCGAGUCUCGGAACAGUUCACCUCUAUGUUCAGAAGGAAAGCAUUCUUGCAUUGGUAUACCGGAGAAGGUAUGGACGAAAUGGAAUUCACAGAAGCCGAGUCCAACAUGAACGAUUUGGUAUCAGAAUACCAACAAUACCAAGACGCAACUGCAGAAGAAGCCGGUGAAUUCGACGAGGAUGAAGAUAACGUAGAGGAAGUCUAAAUUAACGAGAUAAUAAUUGUUGUAUGCAUUACUAAAUACCUACGCAACUUAGCUCUCAAAAAUAAACUUGUUACCACUAACGAUUGA